GUUAGUCCGGUGAAUAGGUUAUGUUUGGUCACGUUUUUCAAAUCUAGAAUGAACCUCUUGCCAAAAUCUCACGAAGAAUUUAGCCAAGCUGAGUAUUGGAAUACAUUUUUCAAGAAGAGGGGAAAAAAAGCUUUCGAAUGGUAUGGUGAAUAUCCUGAGCUUUGUUCUUAUUUAUUUAAGUAUAUUAAAUGCAAGGAUGAUGUUUUGGUUGUUGGAUGUGGAAAUUCCACACUCAGCAUGGAUCUUUAUGAUGCUGGUUACAGAAAUAUUACGAAUGUUGACAUAUCAGAAGUCGUCAUUAGACAAAUGCGAGAAAGCAAUAAAACCAAAAGACCUGAUCUUAAAUACGAGCUAAUGGAUGUUACCCAAAUGACUUUUCCCGAUGAAAAAUUCAGCGUCGUUUUAGAUAAAGGCACCCUGGAUGCUAUUAUGCCCGACACAAAAGAACCAACAUUAGUAACUGUUAACAAAUUUUUCAAGGAAAUUCAGAGGGUAUUACGCAAUGGUGGAAGAUUUAUUUGUAUAUCUCUUUUACAAGAACACAUUUUGAAAAAACUGGUGGCAGAUUUUCCACCAGCAGGUUUUAUGUUCCGAGUUGCAAGAUGUGUCGAGGCAGAAAUGAAAGCGAGAGAAGAAGAAGGCUGUUCGGUUCCAGUAUUCAUAAUUAUUGCUACAAAAUUUAGCAAACUCCCUCAACCGGUUUUAGAAGUAGCUUUGAACGGACCUCCUCAAAGGGUUGAAUCUGCUGAUGAAAUCGUAAGAGCAGUGACUUCCGCUCAAGAAUCUGCUCUUAUUUGUAAUACUCUUUACAAAGGAAGCGUCGCAGACGUUGGGGAAGUUUCUCUGGAUUUGUAUCGAGCAGGAGAAAAAACUCCUAGGUAUACUCUUCAUGUCGUGGAUCAACCCAGAAGUAAAGGCUGCAGAACGUACGCAGCUUUUAUUGUUCCACAAGGAAGGGAACUAGAUUGGCUCUUCAGUACCAAAGAAGGAAGACAACAGCUUCUGAAAACAACUCAGCGAGACAGACUCGCAGUCGUAACUCUUCGGAGAGACCACAUUUUUGAAAAUUUGGAAGCAGUGAAAGAAGAAAUAGGAGAAAGUAUCAGUAAUUUAGCUCCCUCGGGUCUCUCCGUCGCCGAAAUUCCCUUUUUAUCUCUUGGUACUGAUGUUGGAAAACGAAGUAUUUGCUGCGAAGGAACGAGCGAGAUGAGUGGUGCUUAUGUCGUCGAAGAAAUUGAGGACGCAGGACACAUUUACAGAAGGCUCAUCUUUUUAAAUAAUCAGUUUACUAUCCAGAGCGAAGCGAGGCUAAAACUUGCAAAAUCGAGGAGAGGAAAAAUGAAGAAGACGAUCGAUCCUGGUUUUUUAGCUUGUGAACACCAUAUUUAUAUGAGUGUGGGUGUAAGUUCGAUGACGAGUACCAAAAAGGAUGGAGAAGUUCUCGUUGUUGGUCUCGGGGGAGGGGGUCUUUGUACUUUUUUGACCCAUUGUUUUCCCAAGUUAAAGAUCACAGCCGUGGAGAUCGACAAGGAAAUGUUGAAAAUCGCGACCGAAUAUUUCGGUUUGGUACAAAAUGAAAAUCUGAAAGUAGAAAUAGCAGACGGGAUUAAAUUUCUAGAAGAUUCUGCAGAAGAAAAAAAGAAAUUCGAUGCGAUUUUAUUCGAUGUUGAUAAUAAAGACGUGUCUUUGGGCAUGAGCUGUCCGCCAAAGCAGUUUGUCGAGGAUUCAAUUUUAAAAAUGGUAGCAAAAUGCCUCUCAACUGACGGCCUCUUUAUUUUAAAUCUCGUCAUCAGGAAUCAGGCCUUGAGACAAGGAGUGAUUGACGACCUGAAAAAAGUCUUCAAAUUUAUUUCCACCUGCUCUCUGCAGAAUGACGUUAAUGAAAUUGUUGUUGCUUCGAUGAAUUCUUAUGGAGUUAAAGAGUGGACUGGCAGGAUAGGAAAAGCUGGAGCCAAUUUGAAUGAUCAAGCUAACACACAAAAAUUGUCAUCCGAUGAUUUGAUCAAUGUUUCUUCACUUCUGGAAGCUUUGAAAGUCGAGACUUGAUUUAUUUUUGAGAGAUUCGAAAAAAAAAUCGACUAUUUAGUGUGAAUAUCAAUUUUCUGAGCACUGGAGUGCAAAUUGGGACUUUGUGUCUUGAAAUGUGAUGUGAGAGACGAAUAAAAUUUGGAAAAUAUAUUUAGGAUGGGAGGAAGAAAGGUAAUUAAUAUUCUGAAUGUUACCGGCAUUUUUAUAUUUUAAAAAUCAUAUUGCUUUUGGAAAAAAAGAACUAUUUUUAAGAAGAUGUAAAUCUUUGGUAAUAAAUCGUUUUUAUCUACA